UUUGACUGUGGCUCCGGCUCCUGCUCUGCCUCCUACAGUGCGGCUGCAAACAGCAUGGUGCCUGGGAUCUUAGCUGCAGCUCUGGUUUCUGCCCUCCUGCACUCAGCAGGAGCCACAGGUGAGAAGGACCACACAGCGAGAAGGGAGAGGAUGGCCGUGGAUGAGGGUCUAGGCUGGCCUGUGGAGGUCACCCAGCUGUCACCCUUCCCAGAUACUGGUCUAUUGCUUUGCCUGCGAGCACCGAGAUGUGGAGACCAGAUGUACAACCCCUUGAUGCAGUGCUGUGACAAUGAUACCAUCCUGGCCCUGAACAGCACGAGCCUCUGUGGCCCUCACUGUAUCUAUUGGCCCUGUUUCCAGCAUUGCUGCCUGGAGUCCCAGAAUCAGGGUGUCCUUAGGCUCAAAGUCCCAGGCAUGAAGCCCAACUGCAGAACCUCCCCCAUCUCCACAAUCUGUGCCAAGAUCCAUCACCCAAUGGGUGACUAGCUGGACACAGUCUUUCUCUGCACACGGAAGGGCACUUGCAAGGAUGAAUUCACAGCAGUUGGGCAGACGCACAAGAUCAACACAAGCUGGAGGCAGACAAAAUCCCAACACGGAGAGGGUGGGCAUAAAGUCCCACCUAUAGCUAAGAAGAUAUUGUCAACGAAUAGUUGCUGUGAGAGGGAUAGCUUUUAGUGGAUUGUCCAUAUGGCUUUCUAAUACCCCCUUUCCCUCAAACCUGCCCCCUCAUUUUCUCUACAUCCCAACCCCUUUCCUUCUUAAACCUGUCCAUGACCAGUAUUCCCCUGUUUUUGUAUAC